CUCUGGGUCCUAUGUUAGUUCUCUGCUGCCAUUCACCCGCUACUAGUGGAUCUCCAAGAGUCACACCCUACAACCCGAGUCCUGGCCUAUUUGGAUGAUGUUUUUCUCCUUGGGCUUAUACAAUAUGUCUCAUCAGCCUUCGACGAUUUGAAGUGUAGCCUGCCACAGAUUGGUCUAUCAAUUGCCACUAAGAAAUGUGAGCUGUUCACCAAAGGCCGUCAUUGUGAAGACAUUCCUGGCGAAGUUCGAGUCUCAGUGCUUGGUACGACUAUCCUUGGAACCUCAAUAGGCCAACCAAGGUAUGUUGAAGCUGUCUGCUCCAAAUUUGCCAAAGGAGGUGAAGAUCUCUGUAACCAACUCCUGGCCUUAGAAGACACCCAGAUUUUGCUGCUACUGCUAUGGUACUGCCAUAUUCCACGCAUCAAUCAUCUAGGAAGAACAGUUGCACCUAGUCUGAUGAAGUCUGCCACACGAAUUCACGACAGCCUGUCUCAAUCAUCAUUUAAACAUCUCAUUGAAUGUCCUGACCUAGAAAACGACCAAUGGACACAAGCUACAUUGCCCAUUCGACAUGGUGGGUUUGGCAUGUCACCUGCAGAAUGCCUGUCUAGCAUUGCGUUUGUUUCUCCAUGGGCGCACAGCCUCGUACAACUUCCUAAAUCCUUCGAAGAUAUUCAAGAUUCGAUUGAUCUACUCGUGGAGAAUAGACAAGAUGCAACCCCAGGAUCAAUAGGAUUUGAGCUGGAGCAAUCAUUACCACACAACAAGUCCUUGGAAGACCUCCUUAGCAAUACAAAAGGCCUUCAAAAGAAACUGUCGCAGAACCACUUUAACACCAUCACAUUCGAACUACUAGGAAAUACAAAUUCACUUCGACAGGCUGCUAGACUCAGAUCGUUGCAGGGCAAAGCUGCUGGAUCUUGGCUUGAAGCUGUCCCAACCUCUCCCAAGUUUGCACUAAAACCUGCUAACUUCCGACUAGCAACUCGGUUAGCAACUCGUUGAGAUUGGGCUGCAGCAUGCCAAUGUCUUCAGCAAUUGAAAGAUGCGAGUGUAGCAAGAUCAAUGACAGAGAAGGCUAUCACCUUCUAACCUGUAAAACUGGAGGCAGACCCAUCUGGUCCCACGAAUCAGUAGCAAAUGUGUGUUGUGGUAGUUUAUGAGACCUAAACAUAACACACAGAAGAGAACCCAGAAACCUUUACGAAGGAAGCAAUUCUUGUCCUGAUAUCAUAGCAUUCGAUGCCCAAUUUGGAUAUGAUAUCGAGCUGGACAUAUCUCUUGCCCACCUGUGGAAUGAGGACAUCAUCUUACAAGCCUCUACAGUGGAUGAAGCCGCUGCUGCCAAGAGAGAGUCACAGAAGACAGAAAAAUACAGCAAAGAGAUUGAUGCUAUGGGAAAUGCAUCCAAUUGCAUCCCUCUGGUUUUUUAGCAUUAUGGCCACUGGAGAUGGAAAGCCCACCAAUUUCUCCAUCAUCUGUCUCUAUUAUCUGUAGAUGAAGAUGGACACCCAAACAGUGGCGAGUUCAAGACAUACUGGAGACGCUGCCUGUCCGUUAGCCUCCAGAGAUGCAACGCACAAGUGCUCUCCAGAAAACUAUGUAGACUUUCUUUUAGCAAGAACAGUUGUACUGCUUAUAGCGUACAGUUAUUUAAUCGUCCUACGUAGUAAGCGGCCGUAAGGGUCGCCGGACAUUUUAGAAUGUAAUAGUGUUGAAAUUUUAAAUAUAUGUAUUGACAGACAGACAGACAGACAGACAGACAGACAGACAGAAUAUAUAAUAUAUAUAUAUUCAUAUAUUUGUAUAUAAUACAGAUAACACAAAUAACACA